GGCUUAGCUAUCGAUGUUUUGAAGAAAGUGACUGAAAACCUUGGACUCAGAUAUACAAUAGAAUUACAGGAAGAUGAUCUUCCGGGUCAGAAGAUGCCAAAUGGUUCUUGGAAUGGUCUGGUCGAACGCCUUAUCGAACGGAAAGUAGAUGUAGGGGGUCCACUCCAUAUCACCUCGGACCGGGAGAGAGUGCUAGACUUCACCAAACCUAUCGUCAACUCGGGAAUAAGCUACUUGAUCAAAGAAGCCAGAGUGCAGGCGCGAUCCAUAUCUUUGAUUUUCGAGCCCUUCUCAACGGAGGUCUGGCUGACCCUCUUGAUCGCCUUCAUCAUCAUCAGCAUCUUGUUCUAUACCAUCUGUAGGGUCAGCCCCUAU